ACACACCUCACAAAUCCGGAAAUCCCCACACCCGCAGAAGCUCUGGAGACCCAGCGACCGGAAUGGCGGACACGGCCAGCCUCGAGAGGAUGGGACGGGAGCUCAAGUGCCCCAUCUGCCUGAGCCUGCUCAGAUCGGCGGUAUCCGUCACCUGCAAUCACAUCUUCUGCAGCGAUUGCCUCAUGGAGUCGAUGAAGUCCUCCUCCAGCUGCCCCGUGUGCAAGGUCCCGUUCCGCCGAAGAGAAAUACGGCCAGCACCACACAUGGACAAUUUGGUCGGCAUUUUGAAAAGCAUGGAGGCUGCAUCAGGAUGUAAUGUUGUCUCAACCCAGGUGACUUGUCCGGCAGAAGUGGCAGAUGGAUCAAAACAUGCCAACAGUGGGAAAAAGUCUACAGGGUCUAAAAAGUCAGCAGUUCAAAAGAAGGUAUCAUCUGAGAAGAAAGCGAAGAAAACAAAGCCUACUGUGGCUUCUACAUCUGGUCCUACUAAAAAGCCUUCUUUCUCUACGAACAAGAGAAUACAUGUGACACCAUUCCCUGAAUCUGAGACGCCAAUGAGACCUCGGAAGAUUAUGAAGUCUGUAGAGACAAAAGAUAAAUUGAAUGGUGAUGCUCAUGAAGGCAAAGAUAAAGCAUUGGCCUCUAAUACAGUGGGAGAUCUUUCAUUGUCACCGUUUUUUUGGUUAAGGGAAGGAGCGGAUGAAGAAGGUGGCACAGUUGAAACGUUAAGUGAACCACCAUCAUUGGCCACACCCUUGCGUCACAAUGCACCUUGUUUUAGUGACAUUAAAAGUUCUGAUGACGGAACCCCUCCUAACGCGACUCCAAAUAGCAAAGCUGCUGUUCCAGAUGUCUUUGAUAGUGAAAUCUUUGAAUGGUCCCAGAAGCCUUGCUCUCCAGAGCUGCGUUCCACUCCACGCAAAAAGCAGGGUAAAUUUGAGGAUAUGUUAGAUCACAUAACAGAGACAAAUGACGAGGAAGAUAUACAACUUGGUGGUUCAUUUGAUGAGUCAGGUCAUGCAAAUGAUGCAGCUCAGCCUGUCAAUGCUAAAGAAAUGAAUCAGAAUGGGAAGAAGGCAAGAGAUGGGAACAGCAGGAAGACAAAGUUGCUAAAGGUCAUCACAAAAGAAACUGAGGCCAACCAACAAGAUUCGAACAUCACUAAAAGUCUUGCUGCAAAGUCAUGUGAGAAGAACAGCAGUACUAUAGAUAUGAAUACUUCAAGUAGAAGAAACAAGGCUGGUAACAACAUCAAUCUAUUGCCUUGCUCUAAUAAUAACUCAAUGGGGACAUUUCAUCCUCAAGAAAAUACUUUGGAGAUUGAAGUACAUGAUGGACACCUCUUAAAAAGAUCUCAGGAGAAGGAGAACAGUGGUCAACAAAGGAAAUGUGCAAAGAAGCUGGGAACGACAGGGAAGAGUGCAGUUGAGACUACAAAAGGUAACUCUGAGCCAAGAAGUAAGCGAGUUAGAAAAAUGCCUGAUGGUGACAAUGCAGAAAAGAUAAAAGUUAUUGAUGGCUCUAGAGAUGAAACAGAAAUGCCACUACUACACAGCUUCAUGAAAAGUUGCACCCAACACAAACUUUUCGAUGGUAGAAGUAAAAAGAGCAGUAAAAAGAGCAAGCUCAGUGAAGAAAUGAAUGGUCAGAUAGGGCUUGAUAGCAUGAAAUCAAACAUCAGUGCAAAUACUUCAAGCAUUUUACUUGGUAGAUGCCAAAGUAGCGAGGCAUCGUUUAAGAACAAAUGUGCGAAAGGUAUCAAACAAGCAGAUAGUUUAGGAAUGAAAAACUUUGGAAAGCUCCAAGCUUGCACUGGUAAUACUUUCCUGAAGAAAUGUGAUGCCACUGUCUCUAAGGUUUUCUGUGCUUUCUGCCAGUCUGCUGAUAUCACAGAGGAGUCUGGAGAGAUGGUUCACUACCAUAAGGGAAAACAAGUCCCUGCAGAGUUCAGUGGAGGGGCUAAUGUCAUACACUCUCACAAGAACUGCAUGGAGUGGGCUCCAGAUGUCUACUUUGAAGAUGACUCAGUGUUUAAUCUUACACCUGAGUUGACUAGAAGCAAACGGAUCAAAUGUGCUUGCUGUGGAGUUAAAGGUGCAGCGCUUGGAUGCUUUGACAAGAGUUGUCGGAAAAGCUUCCACUUCACAUGUGCUAAAUUGGUCCCGGAAUGUAGAUGGGAUAAUGAAAACUUUGUGAUGCUCUGCCCUUUGCAUCAGUCUUCCAAGUUGCCAAAUGAAGUUUCUGAGCCACAAAAGCAAUCCAAACGGAUAACAGCACCAAAAUGUCCAUCUCAAGUAAGAGCUAGCCAAGCUUGCAGUAAUAACUGGACAUGGCCAUCUGGAUCACCACAGAAGUGGGUUCUCUGCUGUUCAGCUCUUUCUGCUAGUGAGAGGGAAGUUGUAUCAGAAUUUGCAAAAUUAGCUGGCGUGCCUAUUUCCAAGAGCUGGAGCCCCAGCGUUACCCAUGUUGUUGCAUCAACCGACCCUUCUGGUGCUUGCAAGCGUACACUGAAGUUUCUGAUGGCAAUCUUGAACGGCAAAUGGAUCGUCUCCAUCGACUGGGUCAAGGCUUGCAUGGAUCGCAUGGAACCUGCCGAUGAGCAGAAAUUUGAAGUCACCACCGAUGUUCAUGGGGUCAGAGAGGGUCCCAAAUUAGGAAGACAGAGAGCAAUCAACAAGCAACCCAAGCUGUUCAACGGCAUGCAGUUCUACCUCCACGGAGACUACACCUUGUCCUACAGAGGCUUCCUGCAGGACCUCGUGGUCGCGGCAGGCGGCACCGUCCUGCACCGGAGGCCCCUCUCAAGGGACCAGCAGAAGCUGCUCGACGACAGCUCCCCCGUUGUCGUCGUGUACAGCGUUGAGAACCAGGGGAAGGCGAUGCUCGAUGACAAUGACGAUGACCGCUGCAGGCAGGCUGAUGAAGCCCAGGCCCUGGCCUGCGCCUCUGGUGGCAAAGCCGCGAGCAGCGCCUGGAUAAUUGACUCCAUAGCAGCUUGCAAGCUGCAGCCCCUGUGACUGAGCUGGAAGAAGGCCCCUCUCAAUGUUUGCUUCAGCGUUCUCGGUGGGUAAAGUAGUAAGCAGAAAAAUAAAUCCAGGAUGUCACUGAACCCAAGUGCUUAGUUUUUAUUUUUUUGUUUUUGUGCAAGUGCAAGUGCUUAGUUUUAUACCGAGUCAUGUAAAUUAUAAGAGUAACAUUUUGUUUUUUUUUUCUUGUUAAAGAGUUUAACUUAUCAUUCCAUUUAAGAUUUCAUGCUCCACAAGUGCCGUGGUGUGAAUUGUAUCGGCAUUCCGUAUAAAAAGACACUGUUCUUAGAAAA